CUGAGCAGCUUGCAAUCAAAUCCUGUGUGAGGCUUACAAGCAGAUCAAGUGAGCAUGAGGGUUUCUGCAGCAAGGUACCGUAAGAAAAGUGUAAUUUUGUGCAUUAGAUCAAUAUGUUGUGUUUAUUUUCUUAUCUCACAUUUUCCUAGAUAAAUAUGGAAAAUGCUGUGUAAAUAACACAUUUAUAAUAAGAUUAAAUAAAACUGUUGAUCACAAACACACUGUAAUCGUCAUGCAGUGUUAAAACUAGUUGUUGAUCAUCAAGCAAGCAGUGGAAAUAUCAAGACACAUGAUCCAAGGAUAGCCACACACCUCAAGCUGCCACCUCUGUGAGAAAAUCUAUCCCUGUCGCUUGACAUUGGGAGAUGAGGAUUGCAGCCUCUCCCAUUCAAAGGGAAGUCAUAGCUUGGAUCUAGGAAGACACUUCAACAUGUUUAGACCCUCGUGCAGAAGUUCAAGUCCAUUUUCUCUCACAGACCUCGACAUGUGGGACACCAAAUCUCGCUUUACAGCCCAGACCUCAGCAUGGUGUGGUAUGGCAACUGUCUCUGGGACAGGGUUCCUGUCCAAAGUUAACACAAGCACAUCUGGGAGCACCAGUGGCUUCAGGCAGAAUGACCCAGGUCUAAGGAAAUGGCAGUCAUUGUCUCAUCUGGCACCAAAUCCUACACGAUCCUUUCCUCCAUCUCCAGGGGCUGAAUUAAGGGCUGCUCGAGGUGCUAGUAGCUAUAGAGAAGCAGAAGUGGGGCAAUGGCUGCAGGAUGCUCACGAGCGUCUGGACACUCAGCUGGACCGGCUGAGGACCAGAAAUUCACAGCUGAGCUACAGUUUAACUACUGCACAACUGCUUGACAUGAAACAUAAGCAGCAAUCAGAAGCGAUGAAUGCUCUUGAGCAGGAGAAGGAGGCCGCUGAAUUAUCCCAAUUUGAAAAGAGCCGGCAAAGUGGAGAGCUUCAUGAAAAGGUCCUACAGCUGGAGAAGGACCUGUUGCAAAUGAGGUCUACUUUGGACAGAGGAAGCAGUGAUCAACCAACCGAAAUAGCUCCUGGCUCGCCUAGCGGAACAUUACCAAUGAGUCAAGAUGACUUUAACAGACAGGAGAGCCAGAAGGUUGACACAGAGCUGUGUAAGCUGAGAGAGGCUCUGAGAGAUGCUGAGGCCAGGGCAAAGAAACACGAAGAAGAACGAAACCAGGCUCUCCAGAAACUCCAGACGUCUACAGAGACACAGGGGGCGCUGUUGAAUCAAAUACAAGAGAUGAAUCAAAGGUUUAGCCACACAAGACAGGAUCACUCUGAAGUGCAAGAACAACUGAGGGAAGCUAACAACAAGAUCAGCCAAGCAUGUCUGGAAAAGGCAAUCUUGUCGACUCAAGUGAUAAAGCUGGAGGAUGAUAUAAAAGAACUGAAGGCCAAACUGGCAGAGCCUCCUCUGUCUGACAAAGAUCACCUGAUCCAGGUAAAUGAGAAGCUGACGUGUGAGCUGGAAAUGAUUAAGCAGAAACUGAAAACAUCACAGUCUCAGCUACAGGAGAUAACAGCAGAAAGGGUCAUCAGCUCCAAACAGAUCACAGACCUGGAGGCACAAUGCUCUCAGCUGAUCAGAGAAAAAGAGGAACUGUUGAGUAAAAUAAAUGAAAGUCGACAUGAGGAGCUAACAGAGAUGAAAGAAAAGUGCUGCCAGCUCAGAGAAUCUGUGGAAGUUUUGGAAUUAGAGAAACUGAAAUUGCAAGAUCAGUGCCAGUGUUGGGAAGCUCGGGUCCUUGAGGAGGAUGAGAAGCUACACCUGCAGGAUGAAGCGUAUCAGAAACAAGAUGCAGUGAGAGUCCAGAGCAUUGAGGAACUGAAAGCUGUGGCAUCACACUGGAGAGAGAAAUGGCAAAAGGUGGCUUUGACCCUGCAGUCCACACAGGAGGAGCUAGAGGAACUCAAAAAGAAUAACUCCAGAAAUGAACUAAAAGCAGAAGCUGAGCAUCUGGCAAAUGAGACUGAAAAACUUAAAGAGGCCCAGAAAGACAAAGAAGAAAUGGAGAAUCGGCUGCAGCACCAAGCUAAUAUGGAGGCAGUGCUGAACAGAGCCAAGAAGGAAUCUGACUCACUGCUGAGGGUUGAGCUUGACGCAUGCAAACAGGAGCUGGAGCUGGAAAGGAGCAGGAGUCAGGCACUUCUUAAGAGACAUAAAGAUAAAGGUGGUGAAGCCUCAAUGCAGACUCAGGACAAAGAGACAGUGACAGACUUAUCACAAUCCUCUUUGUUAUGGGAACCACCAUCAGACUCCCACAGCAGCCAAAUCAAAUCCCCUCAGGUGUGUAUGGAAAGCAGGGAGGUUCAAAAGUUGAAGCAAAGACUGACUGAAAGAGAAAAGGAACUGAGGGAAAAGGAAGAAGCUUUAAAGAGUCAAGAAAAGCUGAGGGAAACAGAAAUAAAUAAAGCUCAACUCAAGAUUUCUGCUCUGGAGCUCAAGCUCUUGAAAAAGGCCUCUGGAGAGGGUCAAGAUAAUGGAGGCCAAGCCAGCGUCUCAACCAGUGACUCACUGAGGGCCCAGCUAGAAGAGAGCAAGAAGAGGGCGAACCAGCUGCAGCAGGAGAAAGCACUGCUGGUCCAGAAGCUUCAAACAUUGAAGCAGCUUUACCAGGUUAAAGAUGAAAAACCAUCUGUUGAAGGCGGGAAGGAUAAAACUGCCUGUCCAGUUAAUCUCGAGACGGAGCAGCAGAGGAGGAUGGUCACUGAGCAGUUAAAGAGUCUGUUUAAGGAGCGAGAAGGAAAGGAGAUGGGAAAGGCUGACAACAGAUCAGCAGCAACUGGAGCUUCCUCAUUACAAGACUGGACUCCCGCACCUAAAGUAAUGAGGAGUGCAGUAGACAGGAGGAGCUGGCAGCAUGGUUCAGGUUUGAUGCCAGUGUUUGAAGAGGACGAGGAGAGCAGUGACUGGCCAGGAGGGGAGGAGCGAAAGCCAGCAAAUGAGACUCAUGCUGAGGAAAACGUCCACAACCAAAGCCAACAGAUGUCAACUAUGAGUGCAGAAAUCAGCAAUCUGAAGGCAAAAAAUGAGAAUCUGCUACAAGAUUUAGCCACACUAAGGAGCAAGCAGCCAAUCCAGGACUGUCCCCCUUCAUCAGACAAGUAUUUUGCAGUUGACAAGUCAAACCUAUCUUAUUGCUCAGUCGAGACUGACUUGCAGCAGAGGAGACCACUGUCUACCUUAUAUCCUGAUGGAAUAUUCCUGGCAGAGCUUAUAAAUAUCUGUAGCCCUGAUGAAGAUGAAGAGGAGGAAAAGGACAAAUUAGGUGUUUUGUCAAGGCUGCAUUGAGAAAAACUUGCUAUAUACAGGUCUAUACAUACUGUAGACCAGUUAUUGCAGGGUGUUGCACCAGCCAACUUUGUGCCUUUUUGCUUAUUUGUUGUUUUACUAAAAUUAAAUUUAAGUACUAACUCACUUCAACAAUUUAAAGACAAGGUUCUGCUCAGGUGAUACUUUGUGGAAGUUCAGCUAUAAGUAAAAUGAUUAUAAAAUGAUAUUUUUGUUUGUCAUUCUAACAGAAGAUCACUGAGUGGUAGAAACAAUUAGAAUAUUUAUACCUCAGACAAUAGUGUUAAUAAAAGUCACCAGGCUACCUCAUGCAAAA